AGCAUCUGCUAUGGAGAAGACAUUUUACUUCAUUGAUGGGCUCCAACCUGACAGGACGUCCAAGAAGCUGAUGCGCCGUCAUGUCAUGAAGGGUAAAAAUGCUGGCAAAAAGGUCCACCGGGCCUCAAGAGAAGGGCUAUCAAAAGAUUUACAUCUGAUAAAGGCUGUCAAUACUUCAGGCCUUCAUCGAAUGUCCCGCAACGAUGAUAGAAGCGCCGAUCUAGGUCCAGUAGACAGGAAAUUCGGGGAUACGAUCCUCACAAGCGCGUUUCCUAUAGCCGAAGUCAACCGGUGUUCCCUUAAUAUUAUCAACCAAUUCUUCGACCUAACCACUGAACGACUAUACCCUAUCAGCCUUGGCUUUUCCUUAUGUGAAGUUAAGCUUCUGUGGCUCCGGUUAGUGUUCACAGAUGAGGCCGCCUACCAUUGUAAUAUCAGUUUAAUGCAGGCAUGCAACGAAAUAUACCUGGGAAAUGGCACUAGCAGCCCUAAGGCAUUGUAUCACUUGUCCCAGACAUUCACCCAUAUCCAGAGAAGGCUCGGAAGCUGCGAUGCUCUCUCAGAUUCUACUAUGGGGUUGAUCGUAUCCCUCAUCAUGCAGGAGCAAAUUAGAGGUCAAGGCCCUGCUACUGAAGUGCACGCCAGGGGGCUACAAAAGAUGGUGGAGCUGCGUGGGGGCCUCAGUGACCUCGAUAGGAACCUUACCCUCGCCUUGAAAGUCUGCAAGACGGAUAUAAUGCUUUCUUUACAGUACGGACGACCGACGAUGUUCUUCCGAGACCACAUGGCUGAAGUGUGGAAUAAGCUUGCGUCGGAUAGACACCGUCUUUACUACGCUCCAGUCACACCCUGGAAUGAUUUGCAUCCAUACCUUAAUACGAUAUAUUCAGACAUUAUGAAUCUUUGCUAUCUACUGAAUUGCGAUCCAUAUCAACCAAUACUUGAUUUGUUGGGAUUCGAAGAGACCUUUGUCUCAAUUUGUUAUCGCCUUCUAAGGUUUAUUCCAAUGGAGAACUCUGCCUGCCAAGUCGACACGCAAACUGCGUGCCAUCUUGGAUUGCUCAUGUUUACCAUGACUACAUUUUUCCAAGUUGGCCAGAAGCAAAUCAUCGAUUUCAAGGCACUGUCUCUGCGCUUCCAGAAUUUCCUAGAUAGUGACCCGUCCGAGCUUGAGGAUAGCCUCAGUCUUUGGCUUAUAACUCUUGGUGGCAUCUGGUGUUCAAAAGAUCUAAACCGCGAUUUAGCUGCUUCGAGGAUACGUCUACUGGCUCAAAAACAUGGAAUUUUCAGCUGGAACGAGCUUCGAGGUUGCCUUGGUAAAUUUCCAUGGAUACAUGCUCUACAUGACCAACCUGGGCUUGGACUAUGGAAUCAAGUACAACGCAGUCACUAGAUAUUGAGUAUGGAAUUCUACCGUGCCUAUACUUCUACUUG